AUGGUAUCGCAACAAUCGAAAGAUUUUUUGCCUAUAAAAGUAGCAUCAUGUCAAAAAUAUGUUCAUUGUGCAUCAGAUAUUCAACAGGAAAAGUCGAAAGAAAAAGUGAAAAAGGUAGGUGAGCUUUCAUUCUUAAAAGUGUGUACAGAUAAAAUAUCUAAACCUUCAGUUUAUGUGAAUUCAUUGAAAAUAGUGAUUUGA